UGAGAUACGCUGAGGCAAACGACGUUCGUUAAUUUUCGAAGAAAAUCGGACUCCCACAUUUAAUCCCGCCUGCCUUUUAAUAUGUAGUACAGUGCCAGUGUCGAGAGCUGCAUUGCCUCGCGAGUCCAUUCAGAAGAUUCAGCGAGCAGCUCUCUUUCGGUUCUUGUAGUCAAAUCGAAAUUUGGAAAAGUGAAGAGGUUAGAAUGGCAGGAACUUUAACGAAAUUUUCAAGGGUUUUUAACCAAGCUACCCAAAAACAAGGUCUUUUUACCUCGUCCACGCUAUCCAACAGGAAGUAUGGAUCAAAAUCAAGGGUUGUGGCCAAAAAUCCUAUCGUUGAAAUGGACGGGGAUGAAAUGACAAGAAUUAUUUGGGAAAAAAUUAAAGAGCGUCUCAUUUUUCCAUACGUAAAAGUCGAAUGUUUAUACUACGAUUUAGGAUUACCCUACAGAGAUCAGACUGAUGAUCAAGUAACGAUUGAUGCUGCAAACGCAAUUUUAAAACACAACGUUGGAAUAAAAUGCGCAACAAUAACCCCAGAUGAACAAAGAGUAGAGGAGUUUAAAUUAAAGAAAAUGUGGUUGUCUCCAAACGGAACCAUCAGAAAUAUUUUGGGUGGUACCGUUUUUAGGGAGCCGAUUCUUUGUAAAAAUAUACCUAAAUUGGUACCUGGAUGGACUCAACCUAUCGUUAUUGGUCGUCACGCUCACGGUGAUCAAUACAAAGCCAAAGAUUUCGUUGUGGAUCGCCCAGGAAAAGUUGAAUUGGUAUUCACCGAUAACAAAGGUACCGUUCAAAAAUACGAUCUUUUCAAUUAUAAAGGAGGAGGUGUUGCAAUGGGAAUGUACAACACCGACGAAAGUAUAAGCGCUUUCGCUCACUCAUCAUUCCAAGUGGCCUUAGGAAAAGGAUGGCCUUUGUACUUAUCCACGAAAAACACAAUUUUGAAAAAAUACGACGGACGUUUCAAAGAUAUUUUCCAAGAAAUUUAUGAUAAACAAUACAAACCACAAUUUGAAAAGAAAAAGAUUUGGUACGAACACCGUCUUAUUGAUGAUAUGGUAGCCCAAGCGUUAAAAUCAAACGGCGGAUUUGUUUGGGCUUGCAAAAAUUAUGACGGUGAUGUCCAAUCGGAUAUCGUAGCCCAAGGUUAUGGAUCAUUAGGUAUGAUGACUUCCGUGCUUAUGUGCCCAGACGGAAAAACAAUCGAAUCUGAAGCCGCACAUGGAACGGUAACAAGACAUUAUAGGCAGCACCAAAAGGGGGAACAAACCUCCACAAAUCCAAUCGCUUCUAUUUUCGCAUGGACGCGCGGUUUAGAACAUAGAGCUAAAUUGGACGGAACACCAGAUUUAGCGAAUUUCGCACAAACCUUAGAAACCGCAUGCGUUGAUACCGUUGAAGAUGGAAAAAUGACCAAAGAUUUAGCGGCGUCUAUCCAUGGAUUGAAAAAUCUUAAAGACGGAAUGUUCCUUAAUACUCAAGAUUUCUUGGAAGCUAUCGCUGAAAGAUUAGAAAGGUCUGUGGAAAAAGGAGUAAAUAGGAUUUAGAUUAAAUUAAUGUAAUAAAAAAAUUGAGUUGUAAUUUUCCGAUGUCUGAAUAGUAAAAAAAACUGUUUUCUAGGUAUUUUUUUAAUAAUAAACAAUUCCCUUAUUA